AUGUCUCCUGUUUUAUUUUAUUUAGCAGGCGUAUUUGCUGCUAGUUUGUUAAGCCUUGGGGUUAUCAAGGCAAUGGGUCGAGGAAGAGGAAAGGGUAAGAAGUUGAGUCUAAUUGACCCCAAUGAUCCAGGAAGUGAUGAGGAAGAGAAUAUCCCUACUCAGAAGAGGAGAGGAAGGCCACAAAAAUCAUUCAAAGAUGACAUUGAAGAAGAAGCAACUGAGAUGAUCGACGAGGAAAAUUCUGAGAAUGAAAAAAAUGGAAUCGCAAACUUGGAGAUUAAAAAUUCUGCUACGGGAAAUGGGAAGAAGAGGAAUCGGAAUACUCUGAUUAAAGAAAAGCGUGAUUCAGUUAAAGAAGAAAAUGAUAAUGGAACAAGAUCAGGCAACGAUGAAUCUACUAGGUCAAAUAAUGGCUUCCGUCAUAGGCGGAAAAACAAGCCUCGCCGCGCUGCAGAAGCUGGUUUCAAGUGCAACUGA